AUGGAAGCUAGUGAUGCAUUACUAAGUAAAGCCCUCAAAAUAGGAUGCACGGUUACUCUGUGUUAUAAGGAUGAUGAUGGAAAGAACUACUAUGCUUGUUGCGAAGGUUUUACAUCAAUGAAACUGAGAUUACUACCGGCAUCGAGGAUUAAAGAAUAGGGACGCUUGAAUUAAUGUCUAUUUAAAGUGGUGCCUCCAUUUUAGUUUGUGGAAUACAAUAAGGGGAAGGAGGCAUUCCAUCAGAAAGAGACUUUGAACCAAGUUACUAAUGUUGAUUAAAGAGGUAAGGAAGUUACCAUUAUGGAAUAGACUCCAGACUCGAAUUUCCAAAGCAAAUUAAGCUCAUGUAGGAUGAAUCAUCGUUGAACAAGGAAUCUCUUGAGAAGAUGAAAGAACAAUCAAUAUUUUUUGGCCAAACCAUCCAAUUCAUUCAUCAAGCAAGCAACAAAUACUUGAGUUAUUUGAAAGAUUAGGGAAGUGAUUACGAAAGCGAUAGUUGGAAGGCUACUUUGAAGAAGGAACAUGGAGAAGACACCCAAUUCAAAUUUCAGGCUUCAUUCUCAUUUUAACAAGAGACCGGAGGCUUAAUUUUUGAUGAAGACACUGUCUACAUAGUGAGUGUUUUGGACAUGAGUGUCGAGCCAGGAUUGCAUGCCUCUAAUAAGAAGAAGGAUAGAGAGAAGAGAGAAUUGAAUGUUGCUCCUGAGAAGAGAUCCUUUUGGAAAAUCAACAUAUUCUCCAAGUUUAUGAAAGAUGAAUUGGGAUACUUGUCAGUCUUUGAUGUCAUCUGGAUCAACUAUUCUGAAACUAAUGUAAAUGAAUCUAUUGAGUUAUUAGUUGAAUAUGAUUGUACAGAAGUAUUCCCCAGACGAGAAGAAGAAAUAUUUGAAAUUUGAAAAAGGCCAAGAUUCAGAAUAGAUCAAUUAAUUUAUCGGAGACAGCAAUGGAAUGUAUGUCAUUGAGAAUAUUGAUCCAGAAAAAGGAGACUUUUUAAAUGGGGGUUAUGUUGAGUGGGUUAACGAAUACAGACUUAAACAUUUAACAUCCAAUUAUUAUCUAAAAUUAGAAGAAAUCACUGAAAAUCAUGGUUCAUUCAGAUUGGUUGCAGUUGAAAGCAUUUCUGACUCAUCCAUUUUCAAAUUUGGAAUGAUACAUUCUACAAUAAUAAAGAAGGAGAAUCAAGAAUUCUUGACAAAAGAUUCCUACUUUAGAUUGUCAUCAAGGGACACAGAGAAUUAAUUUUGGUUGAAGAUAGAUACUGUGGGUCCUAAUGAAAUUUAUAAAAUUGAGGGUGACAAUUUCAUUGAAGAUAUUACAAUCCCUAUUUUCAAUUAAGAUAAAAAGGAUGAGCAUGUAUUUAAUCUGGCUUGUGCAUCCUUAAAUGAAGUUAGGUUUAUUAAGUAUUUAUUAUCUUGCAUGAAAAUCUUAAAAAGAAGUAAAGAGUAUCUGGAUGUCGAUUUAAAUAAUACUAACUUUUUUAAAGAUUAUCAGUUCCAAGACAUUUACAAAAAGUUGGUUGUGAGAUCAUAACACUUGGAACAAGUAUUAGAUGAUUUAUAUUUACUUUGCCAUAACAAAUUAGAAGGCUUUGUGUCUUUUGAUUCAGAAUUUGGAUUCCCACAUCCUCAUACACAAAACCUUCUGAAAGAAUAAUACUUCUUUGAAAUCCUAAUAUAAAUUCUUGUGAUUUGCUUCCCUACUUAGGAGAGUUUAUAGAAGGCAGAUGAGCCUGUCGAAUUGGUUUAAGUGACUAAAUUAUUAUCAGAAGAAUAACAAGUAGAUCUGAAUCUUGAAAAAUAAAUUAUAGCUAGGUUUGUAGAGAAGAAAAAGAUCAUUUGCACUAAGAUCUUUAAAUUGUUACAAGCUAUGGUCGUCGAUAAUCUCUCAAAUCAAGAAUAUUGCUCUAAAUAUUUACCUAUUCUCUCAAUGCAAGCCAUGUAUUUGAAUGGAGCCAUAAGUACUAUCAUCUCAAUCAUUCAUAACUUCGAAGAACUUCUAUUGAAUCUAAAUAAAGAUGACAAUCCACUUGAUAUGCCAUAAUAAAUUUUAAAGGCUGCCUCCAUUAAAACUCCUUAGAUUAAUUAAAAUAAAUAAAAGAAGAGAAGAAGAAAUGAAAUUAAUAAGCCAAUUAUUGAUUAUAAUGCCUAAUACAAAAUCUUGUGUAAACAGAUUAAAGAAUCGACUCCUGUUCAACUCCAAACAUGGGAUUUACUUAUGUUCUUCACUACUAUGCUGAAGAGCAAUCAUUUCAAAUUUAACAAAAAGAUUGAAAUUAUGUACUUCUUAAAAGAAUCAGUUUGCUUUGAAGAAAAGGGUAUCAAUAUUAAUCAGGAAUCGGCUUAUAAAUAUAUACUUUCAUCAUAAAGGGUAUUUGAAGAUGAAAUACUUAUAAGAUUAAAAAGUGAUGGUCCUCAAUUGAAAGUUUACCGAGGGGAUUAAGAAAGCACUCUACUUGAUUAUUAUCAUAAAUACUCAAGCAAUAAUGAUCCAAGAUUAUUGAAUUUUAUUCCUUAUGUUUAGGAAUUGAUGAGAAUGUAUUCGAGAAUGUGCAAUUCCAGAAAUUAUACUUGGAAAAAGUUUGCUGAAAACUUCUUUAAUGUAGAAAGUUUGAUUGAAAAUAUUUAAAACAAUCAAUAUAAUGUUGAAAUUCGUUCGAUUAUUUGUAGUCUCUUGAACAAAUUAUAUGUUGAUCAAGAACCAAGAAGAAUAAUCAUUUGGCCAGAACUUUGUAAAAUUGUCAGGACUAAUAGGAAAUAAAAUAAAAAUGAUAUCAAUAAUACUAUGCUUUCAGAAGGGAAAUAACAAAACAAAGUUUCUAAAACUGAUCCAGUCGAUAUUCCUAAGGUACAAGAGAAGAUAAAUGGAUAUCUAGCUGAUUAGUUGAUUUUUGUAUAAAAUUAAUCAGAUCUUGUGGAUUUAAGUAAAGGACCAACAGAAAGGCAUUAAAUGUUAGGAAUUGUAUUCAAAAAUGCCCCUGAAAUAUAUAAUGAACUCACUUUAGAAGUUAUUAAGUUAUUUAAACUAUUGAUUUAAUUCGGAAAAUAUUCAAUUAUCAUUGAGGAAGAUGAAGAAAAAACAAUCAGAAAAAAUUAGUAGUUGUUUUCUAAUCUCAGAGCAUUAACUGCUAUUUUAGAGUAUAAUUCAACCUAUCCAGAAGUAAGAAAGAUCUUGUCGAUUAAAAGAAAGGAAGAGGAAAAUUAGAAGAAUAGUACAAAUCUUUUUGGAUUUGGAAAUAAGAAUAAAAAGAAUGAAGACGAAUAGGGUUAAGUAAAAUAGUAGUAUUCAGGUGAAGAUGAUGCUGAAGAUUUAUCAGAAGCAGAAAACUUCUAAAAAUAGGUUGAAUUUCUCUCAUUGAGAAUGAAUCAAUUCAUGUAUCAACAAUAAUUACCUAAUGAUCCAUUGAUUAAAUUAGAAGUUUGUGAAAUAUUAGAUCUGUAUCUUGAUAGCAAAAUGGAUUUUUAUCUUAAUAAUUUGAAACAAUAAUUCUCACAAUAGGUAAACAAAUUAAAUCUAUAUAAUGAUGUAUUUAAUCGUGAUUUGGACAUCGACAAUGAAUAACACAAAGAAUAAAUUCAAUAGUAAUUCAGAGAUACUAUAAAAAAAAAUCUUGAUAACAUGUUACCAGCAAUCAUGAAAACUGGAACAAAGGUAGAUGAUGAAAUUUUUAAGAAGAAAGAUGAAAAUCAAAUCUUUGGACUUAUGAAUAUAGCUAAUAUCGCCAAUAUUGCAAACAAGUUGGUUAACACAGACGAAGAUUAAUCCAAAGUCAAAUCUCUAGAUGCUAUAGAAUUAAGUAAUAUCAUACAGUUUUCAAUAUUCCCUUCUUUGAUAUCUAUUUUUUGUCUAAACCAAAGUCUUGAUUUAGAAUCAAAGAUUCUCCAUAUUUUAACUAGAUUUUACAAUUAGAGACAUGAGUUUGCUUAUUUAUCGUCUAAUCUCUUACUGUUGUUUGAUGACACUAAUAUCACAAUAUUUAAAAAAUCCAAAAAGAAGAUAUUGGUUUUGGCAAAAUGUGUUGAUGAAUCAGAAACAUGGGUACAGAAUUUGGAUGAACCAUCAAAUUUGAAAACUUUAGAAUUAGUAUAAUAACACUUUGAAUUUUUCACUUAAUUACUUUUCAAAGGUUCAUACUUGAAUGAAUCCUAAGAACUAGAAAAAGGACAUGAAGGACAAGUUGAUAGCAUUAGAUAAGAUAUGAUGAGACACUUGAAAGUCGACAAAUUGGGAGUUGACUUAAUUAAGGAUAGUGUUUUUAUGGUUGAAUAAGAAGAUAUUGAUCCUGAAUUGCAGUUAAAGUUGAAGAAGAUGUUUUAAGUUUGUCUAACUUUCUUAAAGUACUUUUGCAUGAAUAACCUAACCAAUUAAAAUGUUAUGGCUUAACACAUAGUAGCCUUGAUAUCUAAAUUGAAUACAGAUUUGGGUUAAGUUGAGUUACUCUGCGAAAUAUUCAGAGAUAAUAAGACAGUUUGUUAUGAGCGUUCUCAAGAGGUCAUCGAUGAUUUUGUGAGAUUAAUUAUUACCAAUGGAAGAAGAGUUAGAUACUUGGAAUUCUUUUUAGUGAUAAUGUAAAUUAAAACUGAAUACAUCUCUCAAAAUUAGAAGGCUGUUUUAAAUCUAUUCAUUGAUCCUAGGUACAAGACUCAAUUGUUUUAUAUGUUACCAAAGGCUGAAACUGAUGAACAUCCAGUGUUUGAUUUUGAAACUAAAAUUCAUGAAAAUCCAAAUUACAAAGAUGAACCAUAUGAUUAUCACUCAAAGUUUAUUGAAGUUUGUGCUUAAUGUACUAUAGGUAAGGAAGGUUUGCUAAGUUCAGAAAAUAAGUUGAAGGCUUAAAUUACUUUUAAAUAUGUAAUGGAGUUGUUAUUGGAAAAGGAUGAAUUUUCUGAAUUCAUUGAUCCUCCCAGUGGUUUAGAAUCUGAAAAAUAAUUUAUGGAGAUUCCAGUUCACAAGUAAAGAUCAUAAUUGUAAAGUGGAAUCAGCAUCAUACCACUUAAUUAAGCGAAAAUGGAAGGGAUCACAAAAAUGAAACCCUCCUUGUUAGAUUUAUUAUUUUAUACUUAUCUAGAAUCAGAGAAGAUAUCUGAAGAAGUGUUUUCAUGUUUUGAUAUGAUUAUCUAAUUUAUUGCAAAUGAGAAGGAUAGAAUUAUGAGGUGUAAAAAUUUCAUUCCAUAAUUUUAUGAUUAUUUCUUUAGUAAUCUUAUGUUGGUGUUAAAUGGAUUGGUUAAAGUAUUGAAUAGAGAAUUGGGAUCCCAAGCAUUAGUGCAAGGCUCUAAACUAUAAAAAUAAUCCACUGAAUUUUAUAGGGAACUUGAAGAAUUGAGGAACUUCUUGACAGAUUCAUUUACUUCUAAGCUUCAAUUAAGCAAUCGUUAAAAGACCUUAUUAUAGUAUUUUAGAGAUAAUAUCAUUAUGAAGGAAGAAUUAAACAAAUAAAAUUAGGAUGAUUAAAGGUAUUAGUAAGAGAAGGAGAGAUAAAAGAAUCGAUCUAGGCAAACUUCGUAAUAUAAGACUCCAAAAAGGCUUUAAACUAUUUAAACGUCAAAAAGAGAAUUAAGUACUGAUUAAAUUUGGAAGGAAUUGUGGGAUAUAUUUUUAACAGAAUUCUUAGAUUGUGAAGAAUUAAUAGAAGCCAUCAAUAAAGAAUAGAUGGCUUUUGCUUAAGCCAUCUCAAAGGUUGAAGAGAUAUUUAUUAAAGAUAAAAUUGUUCAUCAACAAAUUAAUAAAUAAAUCAUUUUUUAAAGACUUAUUGCAUUUUUAGAAAAAUCUUCAGCCUCAGCUGACAACAUCACAACAUUUAAACUAAUAUUGAAUGUAUUACGAAAUUUCAUUCAUAUUGAAGAUGAAUCAGAAUUCACUCCUGAUAUGGAUGAAGAAGAAAAAAAGAAUAUUGUGUAGAGACAAAAAAAAGAUAACUAAAACUUUUUAAAUAGCAAUAAUGCUAUGUAAAUGGCAUUGACGUUGCUGAGUGAUAUCUCAGAUCCAAUCAAUUCCCAGAAGAUCUUUAGCGAAUUAAUACAAUUUGCAAUCGAUCUUCUCGAUGGAGGAAAUCAAGAUAUUUAAAGAUCCAUUUGGAAUUACUUUUAGAACUUUACAGAGAGUGAAACCUUUUUUUUAAGAUUACAUAACGAAUUUUAGAAAGCUAUUAAGAAUAUGAAAUAAACAGAUGAAAUGUAAUAGUAAUUCGGAUUCUAAAGACAACCAGAUUUAAUCAAUUAGAUUUUAAGAUUACUUUAAUUAUUCGCAGAAGGACAUUAUAGUGAAUUAUAAGAAUAUAUGAACUUCCAAAAGUUCAAUCAUCAUUCACAUAACCUAAUCUAGGAUUUUAUAGACUUAUUGUAAUCCUAUAUGAGUGCUGUAGAACCUGAUUAUUUCGACAAUAUGGUUCAAAACUUUGAUACGAUAACUGAAUUUAUUCAAGGGCCUUGCAGAACUAAUUAGAAAGCACUCAUUGAGGCUAAUUUCCUAGAUCUAGCCAAUAAAUUAUAUGAGAUAGAUGAAAUAGCUUUAGAAAUACAAGAUGAAAUUAUUGAGAAUGAGGAGUUCCUUGAUGACGAUAAUCAGGAAUUAUUCAAUGUGUAAAAGCAUUUGCCCAGAUGGAUGAUUGCAUUCCUCAAAUACAAAUGUUCUAUUACCUUGAUAUCUUUAUUGGAGGAUCGGGAAGGAGAUGAAAUUAUUUAAAGAAUUCAAAAAUCCAUAAGCAAUGAAAAUUUGAAGCAAAACAUCAGUAAUAUAUUUUAUAUGUUCUAAUUGUAUUCGAAUGAAAUUUACGAACUUAAAUUGUUUGGUCACUUUACUAAUACUCAACCGAAAACCAGAGAAGAAAGAAUGAAUUGCAGUUUCAUCAUUGAAACUGGGUUCAACUUAUUUUUCAUUUACUAAAUACAUUAAAAAACAAAGAACAAAACUGUAUAAUAGGUUAAGAAUGAGGAGGAGGAAACUGACGAUAUGACUUCAUAGUUAUUAAACAAUCCCCUCUAUAAGUUAAUUUUACUAGUAUAGAGCUUAAUUAAAAGCUUGUAAGAUAGUGCGUUGCAGGUGGCAAAGAUCUAUAAAAAAACAGAACAAUAGACUCCAAAAGAAAGGAUGGAUAAAUUAUAAUAGGCAAGACAAUAACUAUUUCCAAAAGCAUAUAAGUUCUUUUUAUCUAAGACUGCUAAAAUAGAAAUAAUGUUGGAAAGCAAAAAUGUUGAGGAAACAUACUUUUAUAUUCCCCCUUACUGUUAACUUGAUGAUGAUGUCAAAAGAAACUUUAAUGAGACUGCUAAUAGGAAUUCAAACAAAGCUAAAGUCACAUCUUUGGUUGAAAGUUCAGAGGAAAUAAUAAAAACAAUGAAGUUGAAUUACAAAAUUCAAGUUUAUUUAAAUCAAAUCAAAACCCUUUAAGUAAUUAUAGAGAACAUAGAUUUACUCAGAGACAUAGAGUUUAUCAUUGCAUUAUUAAUUAACAUAUUUAUUUUCCUAUUUUAUAAGAAGGAGUACAUUGGAAAAGAUGUAAAUGCGGAUCUUUCGGAAACAGAAAAUUGGUCAGAUGCAGAUAGUUUUGAAUAUCAGGAUCUUAUAGAUGCAUUGGGAAUUUUAUCAAUUGUGCUCUCAAUUUUGAUUGUUGCCUUCUUCUUAAGCAGAAAUGCCCCAUUACUAUUAGAGAAGGCUUGGAGUGGUGUUGGACAAGAGAAAUUAAAUCCUCUAGCUUAUUUGAUAAGAUUGCUCAAGACAGUCUAUUACUUAUUAUCAGAUUUCUUUGCCUUGUAUUAUAUAAUGUAUGGAACAGCAGCAGUAUUGGGUUGAU